GUAAAACCAGGAAACAAAACUGUAGUGAAAGGAAAGUUGUAAGUUAAUGACCCCAGAAAACGACUUAUGGGAAAGAAACUUUGCCAUAAAGACCAUAAUUGAGUUGGAGAUAGGAUACUUGGUGGGCAAGUCACUUCCUCUGUAUCAAUGGAGGGUUUUAGGUGGAGAACAGAACACCACCAAUUCUUGGGUUUCGGGUUUUUUCCAUUCUUAAUUCUCUUGAUUUCCGAUAAAUACAUUAUUCAUGUCUCUGCUUCUUAACCAGCCCUCGAAGCUAUGCUUUCGGAAACCUGUAUUGGUGAGAUCAUCUCCUCUUCUCUCUAAUAAUGGCUUCUCAACCUCCUUGCCGCAUGAUUCUCCUUGUGUCAUCAUAUGCGCUGAUCCUUGUAGACCGGAACUCGGAAAAGUUGUGAUUAGCAGUGCUAAAGGCUGCACUCCUUAUGAAGAAAAGGUGCCUAAGGAGUUGAGGAGGGAAGUCGGAAAGAUAGGAUCAUCCAAUGGAUGGCUAGCUACCUUGAAGGACGACGUGGUGCGUCUCCGAUUCAUUGAUCUAUACCCGGUUGCAUCGGAACCAGAUCCGAUACACAUUUCACUGCCUCCUCUUGUAACUCUUCCUCAUUGCCAAACCAAAAUUGUCACCAACUUGGUCGUGUCCUCAUCUUCUCCAGAGGAUGAAGACUGUGUUGUAGCUGUCAAGUUCUUAGGACCUCAAAUAAGCUUUUGCAGGCCCGCUCAAAGUAACUCCGAGUGGAUCAACAUCAGAAUCGAAAACCCCUGCUUCUUCUCCUCUCAUGUCAUGUUUUCCAAGAAAGAUGACAUGUUUCGCAUAGUCGGCUGUGGAGGCCACCUCAUUGGAUCAUGGAAUCUCCACAAACAUAUGAAGAACCCUAAGUUACAGAGCUUGCGGUUUCAAAACCUUCCCAAGCUGACCAAGACCAAACGAGACCUUCUGGAUUCGUGCUGCACAAGCGAACACUUGGUGGAGUCAAAAACUACCGGUGAAACUUUCUUGGUUAAGUGGUACAAGAAGACCACUGGAAAGAUCAUCAAGGGUAUCUCGAAACUGAAAACAGAAGCUUUAAUGGUGUUCAAGCUAGACGAAGAAGGAAACGCUAUUUACACUCAAGACAUUGGAGAAGACAUUGGAGAUCAAAGCAUUUUUCUCACAAAGUCUGAACCUUUCUCUGUCCCUUGUACCUCGUUUCUCUGUUUGCGUCAACCUAAAGUGGUCAGAAUCUUGGAUGUCGACGAAAGCAAAACUAUCAAGCUGACUGAUCAAAAGUGGAAUUGUUCAAGGCAACGCCACCCCCGCAGUUGGGAAUAUAUAACCAGUUGGUGUUGGGUUUAGAGUCUGUUUUUUUUUCUUUGUCAGGUGAAAAUAUCUUUCUAUAUCAACAAUACACAAGAAUUUAAUCAUUUCAAUACCAGAUCAACAAAAUCUCUUGCUAAUGCUAUACUCAUUCAGAAAGAUAUUAGCUCAUUCAUAAAGAUAUUAGCUACCACUUUUUUUGAGCAUCUGUUCAGGCUCUGUUUUAAUAAUGUGGUAUGUAAGCAGCUCCCUACACUUACACACCAAAUUUUCAAAAGACAAAACAUAACUAAAGGUUCACAUAAAGAUAUUAGUGUUUUAGCCCACUAAGCUAGGCAAUAAGUCUAAACAAGAGAGAAAGAAGAAUCAAUAGGCCGGUUUUUCUCUCUACGCUCUCAUCUUCUUCAGCUCACUUGCUCUCCAAUGGCAUCAGAAUCUGAAGUCGGGUUCUGCAUCCAAUCGCCCACGCAAACUUUCGCCAGAAGAGGCACGUUGAAUAUCUAGAAAACUAAACAUUUUCUUCAGUUAACAAGGAAAGGCUCUUGUUAGGCCACUAAGAUUAUGAAGCAAUCGGUCUCUUAAGAUUAUUAUAUAGCCCUCUGAUUGAUGUAAAUGUAUGCUUCAAUUUGUUGAUAUAAAAUCAAUUGAAUUCUCCUGUGAAUUGAUUUUUUGGUUAUGUUAAA